AUGGCGGAAGAAGAACCCUCCGUAAAACAACUUCCGGAUGGAUCUCAGGUAGUCUGCGAGGGCGGCAUCUGUCGCCUGCUUCCGGGCGCCGCCAGGCAGGAUGCCACAGCUGAAGACGGAGAACAGAGCACACAAGAACGAGGCGAGAGGGUGGAGCUGACCCAGGGAGGAAACCCCGCUUUUGUCGCCCAGCAUAUCAACAUGGAGCAAGUUGACCAGCUGGUCGACUUUGGGUUCCCGCGGCUUCGUGCAGAAAAAGCGCUCUUUCACGUCCGGCAGCACUCAGCCGACGGGGCUAUCGAAGCCGCCGUCGAGUGGCUCGAAGCGCAUGCAGAGGAUGACGACGUUGACGAACCUAUAAAGGAGGAAGAAAAACCGAAGGAAAAAGUUGUCUUGACGGAGGAAGAGGCCCAGAGACGAGCCUACGAACUGCAGAAGAAGCUCAGAGAGGAUCGCCUUGAACGAGAGAAGAGGGAAGCCAUCGAACGCGAGAAACUGCGCCUGGCGCAGACCAAAGCAAUGCUGGAACAGAACGCGAAAUUAGAGGAAGAGCAAAGAAAAAGGCAGCUAGCACAACUUCAAAAGGAGAAGGAGAUGCCGGAGGAGGACGACUCGACAGAGGAAGGCGCGGCCGCCCGGCUCAAGAAGAUGAGCGGGAAGGAGAAGGUUGCUUACUGGUGCAACCGGUUGAUGAAGAAAUACAAAAAGGAUCAGAAGGAAGCGCUCCGCGUUUGUUUCACGACCGUCCGGGUGUACUGUGCAAAUGCGAAGGACCAUCCGCUCGAGGAAAAAUUCCUCAAAAUUCGCAAGGAGAAUAACGCAUUCAAGUCUCGAGUGCUGCCGUUUGAGGGCGCUUUGGAUCUCCUUGACGUAUGCGGCUUCAAAGACACAGGCGACUUUUUGGUCAUCAACGGCCAGCCGGAUGGCUUCGUUCUGGGCCAAGCCUUGAAGUUUAUCGAUGUCCUCCUCGAGCAACUGAAGAACUAA